UUUCAGCUUCAAAACUAUGUCCACUGAUUUUGCUUUCCGAUUAUGUUGAAAUUGUUGAAUUUGUUGAAACCAGCGAUUUGGCCCUACAUCGUUGUAAGAUGCAUCCAUUUUCAAGAUCUGUUGUAUUUGUGGUGCAAUUGACCACAUCAUCACAAUACCCGCACUGUAGGGCAUAAGAAUGAAAUAAAUUGGUAACAUCAACCGGCUUUCGGAACUUCCCGAAGAUUUUGGAAGUUUUCGAGCUGUGAGAAUGAGUCAGUUAAUAAGUACAUCGACAAGGAUACCAAUGCAGACAGGAAAAGACAGUGUGUCAUUGCUAGGACCAUCAACCAGUGAUUCAUCCGUAGAUCCAAAGUUAUCAAUUCCGUCAUUACGAGGGCGGACUGGACAGUGUAAACCAGUAGUAUCAUUGCACAGUUCGAAUGCAGAACCCGUGGGAUUAUGUUUAAAUGAUAAUGAUAGUUUGAAAACACCAACCGCUUUGGGCAAUACCGAUGUAACACUCAAAACCCCAACUGUACUUGGUUCACCUACUAAAGGACCACUUUCUGCUGGUACACAUAUUGAUGAACUCAUCACUCCCAAACUUAACCUAAAUAACUUCUCUGCACCAAAUACUCAAACGCAGGCUUUUUUUGGUGAACACGAACCACUUCUCACCGCAAACAUUGAGAUUUCAACAAUUUUGCCGCAAUCAUCGAUUGCUAACGUGACACCAGGCGGCGCAGCAACGGGACCGAAUGGAAUCCAAAACGACAUUAGGGAUCAAAAGGCUACAAUUACUUUCAAAGGAAGCAUCAGCACAAGUAUUAGUACAUUCGGCUCACAAAGUGUUAAUUCACCUGGGUUAAGUGCAACAAUGUUUCAAUUUUCCCCUCUUGUCGAACAUUUCUUGCAAUCUAUCACUAAAUCGCAGCAGACAAAUGCAAAUUUACCUUUACUGGUGCUCGACCCGAAUGCAAAGACACCCAAUGCUACGGACACAACCGAUCUGUUUAAGGUAUUUCAAGAUAACAAGGAUGCAGCGAACUUACCAGCCACUGGGAUUCAACAGUUAUCCACCUCUCAGUCUUCCGUUUCAUCAGUAUCUGGAAGUCGUCAAGUUCUCUCAGAUUAUAUACAAAUCGGUCGCGCUGGUGGGAAUCGACGCACAACACCUCCACCCGGACCAUCUGGUGUACGACAAAACGGAUUCAGUUCAGCUACCACGCCGAAUGCUGUUUGUUCCGGGAUACACUGCACUCAACAACAAGAUGCUCGAAUCAGACCUAUUGUAUCUGCUGGUGCCUCGGAAGCUCAAAUGCAUCAGCACAAAUAUCAUAUCCACCAAAACAUUACUUGUACAGUGAGUCCAGUAGAAGCACAAAAUAGCAAUCAGUCGAAUUCAGCAAGCACACAACGAACUUCUUAUCAAACGUGCAAUUUUUUAGCUUGUAGUGGUGUACCUUGUCCCUCCCGGCCGCUCCAAAACCAGGCUUCCAUCAGUGGGACAUCAAAUAUCUAUCGAUCGGAUUUUCAACCAAAACCAGAACCUGCAGACGAGUAUUACCGGGCACCUUUAUCUUUUGCUCAAUCGGGACCCCAGUUUGCACAGACCAAUCCGGUGAAAGUCGGCAAGUGCUCUAACCGUCUUCUUAAACCGCCAUCACAUGAACGACCAUACAAGUGCCCAAUCGAGAACUGUGACCGACGUUUCUCGAGAUCGGAUGAACUGACGAGGCAUAUCAGGAUCCAUACAGGACAAAAGCCUUUUCAGUGUCGCAUAUGUAUGCGAGCAUUUUCACGAAGUGAUCACUUAACAACGCAUGUACGAACUCAUACAGGUGAAAAACCGUUUAGCUGUGAUAUUUGUGGAAGGAAGUUUGCCCGUUCUGAUGAACGCAAACGGCAUACCAAAGUACAUACGAAGCAGAAGGAACAUCGACGUCUCAGUAUUACCGAUUUCAAUAGUGGUGGAGACUUCAAAUUGCAUAUGUGAACUAAACGUAGAAUUCUGUCUACAUCAAUUUGCUGUCCAAAUUCUAGUCCAGUUAAGUCAUCUCAUGCUCUAUUGCUCAUUGUUUUAUCGACAAGAUCCAUUUUGAGUCGAUUAAUGUUGUCUCGUACGCGGUAGCAUUGGAUCUCUCUCAGAGCGUCCAGAUGGACGAACUCAUAGGUGUGUGAACUGCAACCAAAACCAUGAUUUGGAAUAGAUUGUCCCGCGAAAAUGAAAAUAUGGGAUUCCAUGGACUUGAACAGCUGAAGCCACUUUUAAAACGAACC